GCCCCAACCCCAUAGGAGCAUCCCCAACCCCAUAGGAGUAACCUCAACCCCAUAGAAACGGCCCCAACCCCAUAGGAGUGACGCCAGCCCCAUAGGAACGGUCCCAACCCCAUAGGAACGGCCCCAUGGGGUCUCCAUCCCAUUAGAGAUGGCCCAAACCCCAUAGGAGCAUCCCCAGCCCCAUAGCAAUGGCCCUAUAGGGUCUCCCUUGCAAUAGAGAUCGCCAUGGCCACCGUCACCGCGCUGCGCCGCACCGUCCCGCCUGCCGUGCCUGGCAUCACCUUCCUGUCUGGGGGUCAGAGUGAGGAGGAGGCGUCCGUCAACCUGAACGCCAUCAACCGCUGCCCGCUGCACCGGCCCUGGGCGCUCACCUUCUCCUACGGGCGGGCGCUGCAGGCCUCGGCGCUCAAAGCCUGGAGCGGCAAAAAGGAGAACACCAAAGCGGCCCAGGAGGAGUACGUCAAGAGGGCCUUGGUACGUCUGGCCUACGAGGCGGCUGGGGGGUUUUCUGGGCUCUUCUUAUGGGGUUUUGUGGGGUCUUAUGGGGUCGGGGGUCCUGUGGGUGUUGUUGCGUCCAGCCGCCGCCAGGGGGCGCUGUCCUAUGGGGUCCUAUGGGGUCCUAUGUGGUCCCAUGCGUGUUGUUACAACCAACCGCCACCAGGGGGCGGUGUCCUAUGGGGUCCUAUGGGGCCCCAUGGGGUCCCAUGCGUGUUGUUACAUCCCACCGCCACCAGAGGGCGCUGUCCUAUGAGCUCCUAUGGGCUCCUAUGGGAUCCUAUGGGUGUUGUUACAUCCAUCCCCCACCAGGGGGCGCUGUCCUACGGGGUCCUAUGGGAUCCUAUGGGUGUUGUUACAUCCAUCCCCCACCAGGGGACGCUGUCCUAUGGGGUCCUAUGGGGUCCCACGUGUGUUGUUACAUCCAGCUGCCAAUAGGGGGCGCUGUCCUAU